CCUCUGCCUCUGCCCCUGACCCGGCCAGCCCACUCCGCCAGGCCCUGCAAGGCGAGGCCGAGUGGCUCUGGAACCUGUGCCCUGAAAGAUGCCAGCUUAGAAUAAGUCUUUUUCCGUGAUAUCAGAAACCUCAUCCAGGCAGGGACCGCACCAGGCACACCCUCUAUUUGAUCCUGGACCUCAAAUUUAGAGUCACCUGGGGUCAUCCAAUUCCGAAAAGUUGCAAGUAUGAAGACGGCGUGCUGAAUCGGAGGAAUCUGAAGGGCUAGAAGGGGGAAGUGAUGGGUUUUCCCCAUGGCUGAGAACUCCUGGGCACACAGCCAACCCCUCCCUGCCCUCAGCUGGGGGCACUGGGUUGUGUCCAUGGAAGGCAGGGUCUCUCAUUCUAGGGCUGAGAGCCAGGGAGGCGAGGGCCCUGGCCGAGAACCUGCUUCUGCCUGCCGAGUUGGGGCCUAGGUGCUGUAAAGAUGAAGGCGAGCCUGGGCCCAGCUUCCUGUCUCUCCCCAGGGCUCUACUGGCUGUGGACACCACACAGAGCCUUUCUCCAUCCACCCAGCCAGCCAGCCACAGUGUUCCUGGGCACCUGCUGUGUGCCCAGACCUGUGCAAGGGUCAGGAGGCCAUUGUUAGGGUGUCUGCCCUCCCGUGACCUAUGUGAGCAACGAGCCCAGGAAGGACAGCGAAACUAAAACUUGAGGAGUGUAAUGAAGUCUGUGGAAAGAAAGCGCCAGGUGUCCCCGUGGCUCCCCGAGCUCAUGGCUGGCCCCUGCACACCUGUGCUGAGCAGCCCAUGUCCGCUGGAUGCCCACCCACGGGAGCUGUCCUGGGCCAAGGGCCCUGCGACAGGUGGCAGAGCAGGGUUCCCGGGGUGGCUUGCCUGCAGUUCAUUCAGGCUUCCCGCCGAGGGGUUGGCAGGUGAGCACCGCACGGCAGGAGCCACGUCUCAAACGCCAGGUAUGGCUGCAGAGUUGGGGUGCCGUCAGUGGCGAUGGCAGGCAGCAUUCUCGGGGACGCCGUGACGCAGGGCCUCCCAGGACAGAGGGGCCGCAGCGUGCCCUGGUCUGGCUCAGCGUGCGUCAGCCUAGAGCGAGGGUGAGACGAGGCCUGUCUCAGGGUAGCUCCUCACCAGACUGUGAACCUUAGGCUCCCCGGUGGGCACACUGUCUCUCGAACCUAUGCGGAACCCCUCGUGCUCCCCAGAGCACGGCCAGUGCGCCCAGAAGAGGAAGGAUGCUCCCAGGCCAUCAGCUUUGGGCUGGGCGGGCUACGCAGGACCGUUCUUGCGCACUUCCUUCCUGUCCCUGGGGGCUUGGGGCCCCCCGAUUGGGAAAAGGGGCCUCGUGUUCAAGGGAAGAUGGGUUGAGCAGGGAGUUGGUUUGCAGAGAGACGAUCCUCUGGCCCCGGCCCUGACCGCCCUGACCAGGCGCCCAUGCCCCGCAGCCACUGCACACUUCAGCUUCUGCCGAACCCUCCUGGAGCACACGGUGUCCGCUGAGAGCAUCCCCUGCCACCUGCCUCGGACGCCAGGCACCAGCCUCACAUGGCACGACUCCCGUAGCCAGAGGGCCGCUGGUGGCCGGCCGGUCAAGCUCCUGCAGCAGCCUGGCACAGAGGCCCCCCAGGGCCGGAUGUACUCUGACCACUAUGGCCUGUACCACACGAGUCCCUCCCUGGGCGGCCUGACGCGGCCUGUGGUCCUGUGGAGUCAGCAGGACGUGUGCAAGUGGCUCAAGAAGCACUGUCCCCACAACUACCUCGUCUACGUGGAGGCCUUCUCCCAGCACGCCAUCACAGGCCGGGCGCUGCUGCGGCUGAACGGGGAGAAGCUGCAACGGAUGGGGCUGGCGCAGGAGGCACAGCGACAAGAGGUGCUGCAGCAGGUGCUACGCCUGCAGGUGCGCGAGGAGGGGCGGAGCCUGCAGCUGCUCAGCCAAGCCUCCUUUGGAAACGCGUCCUAGCUGCUGCCUGAAGCUUGAACCCCAGACCCCAGCACUGUGACCAGAGCCCGUGGCAAGGACGAUGCAGGGCUGGCACACAGCCCCUCUCGGACCCCGCCAGAGGCUCCAGGGGCCGAGCCCAGCCCGAUGGACAGGUGGGACCAGGAUUGCCAUCUCUGGUUGUGCAUUCUGGGCUGUGAGCAGGUGGGGGCUGCUUGGGUGUGGCCCUUCCUCGCAGGACCUGAGCCCAGAUCCACCCUCUGGUGCUGCUGGCAGCAUGUGGGGCAGCCACCUGGAGCCAGAGCAGGUCUGGUUAUCCCCCUAGACUCCCAGGGAGUCUGUUUAUUAUUUAUAUUCCCCUCACCCACACUCGUGUCUGUGCCCCCCAUGCCUGCCGAGUCACGCUUCCUCUGGGCGUCCCGCCUCCGCCACGGCAAGAGGUCUGGGUCUGCCCAUCUGUCCAGUUCUACACCCUCACCCGGCCCCUAGAGGAUUGCUGGCCCAGGUGGGAUACACUGUGGAGGCUCCCUUAGACGAGCGCCCUGCCCCCGCCCCCCCACAGUCCGCGGCAUCAGCACCCACCUGACGUGCCACGCCACGCACUGUCUCGCGUUGUUUCUGAGACCCUCACCACACCCCCGUCCAUUCCCAGGAACUGAAGCAAGAGAGGUCUGGGGAUUGCUCAGGGGCCCGAGACCUAACGGCAGCAUGAGGACCCGGGGAUUAGGAUUAGGCUCAGCCACGUCUCCACCUUGGGUCUGGGAGUCCCGUUCCUGCUCCCCCCACAUUCCUGGAGGCUGCCUCUGACGCAUAGUUGGGGGCCUGUGUAGUCUCACCGCUCCUUUACCUGGAAAAUCCUGUCCCGAGGGCUGCGCCCUUCACACCCACCCACCAGAGACCCAGCCAGCACCUGAGCAAUGACCCCGUGGGCCACAGGGCCCAAGGCUUGGGACUGGGGCUGCCCAGCAGAGGCACAGUGAGGGGGUCCUGGCGGCCCCACCCACUUGCUCCUCUGGCCUCCUACUCCUCUAGGAUCUCUGAGUCUCAGGGACAGAUGAGGCCGAGCCUCCAGCCUCUUCUCUGUGCCCUGAGCCAGCCUCUGGAUGGGAGGUUGGUUGUUGCAGGUCCUGAGUGGACAGGACAACUGGCCUGGUGCCCCCCGCCUAAUCCUGCUGGUGCAGACAGGAAGCCCCCGUGUCCUGUCUGGUCACACUGCCCGUCCCUGCCCACCUUGUGCCAUCACAACGUUGUCUGUUCGGAGGGUCCUUCCUGUCACUGCCCCCACCUGCUCCCUCUCCUGUCUCCUCCCCCCCCAUGCCCCCAUGCUCUUGUCUUGUCUUUUUUGUUUGCGCUUUUUUAUAUUCUGACAAAAAGACCAGAAAUAAACCUGGUUCUCAAGUGC